GAUUUGCUUUUUCGUUUUGGCACAAUACAAUUUCCUCAUCAUCUUCUUCACAUCGGUAAUUAAGAUCACGAAGCAAUAAAGACGACAGGGGGAGACAGAGGCAGUGAGAGACCAAAGAUGGCAGCUUCAAUCAACGGAGUCGGAGGUGUUGAUUUUGGUGGGCUUUCUUCUUCAAAGUUUCAUAAAACAACUCGUUCUUUUUCCCGAUCCCCUUGUUUCCGUGUUCGAAUGACCAUUUCUUCAGAUAAUAAGAAGACGACUUAUACCCUUAAGAAAUCUCAAGAAGCUUUCAAUGCUGCCAUGAAUUUGAUGCCUGGAGGUGUAAAUUCUCCUGUUCGUGCCUUCAAAUCUGUUGGUGGACAGCCAAUUUUCAUGGACUCGGUUAAGGGUUCUCACAUGUGGGACAUAGACGGUAAUGAGUAUAUCGACUAUGUUGGCUCCUGGGGACCGGCUAUAAUUGGUCAUGCUGAUGUUGAGGUGCUUGCAUCCCUGUCCGAGACAAUGAAGAAAGGAACCAGCUUUGGUGCUCCUUGUCUUCUUGAGAAUGUGUUGGCAGAGAUGGUAAUCUCAGCAGUUCCUAGCAUUGAAAUGGUUCGGUUUGUAAACUCUGGUACAGAAGCGUGUAUGGGUGUGCUCCGCCUUGCCCGUGCCUUUACUGGCCGAGAAAAGAUCAUCAAAUUUGAAGGUUGUUACCACGGCCAUGCUGAUCCGUUUCUUGUCAAGGCAGGUAGUGGGGUUGUUACCCUAGGGCUACCCGACUCUCCCGGUGUUCCGAAAGCAACCACUUCUGGAACCCUAACUGCCCCUUACAAUGAUAUAUUAGCUGUCGAAAGUCUCUUUAACAGUAACAAAGGUGAAAUUGCAGCGAUUAUUCUUGAACCUGUUGUUGGCAACUCUGGCUUUAUUACCCCUAAAUCAGAAUUCCUUGAAGCCAUUUGUCACCUAACCAAGGAAAACAAUGCUCUCCUCAUCUUUGAUGAAGUGAUGACCGGAUUUCGCUUGUCUUAUGGUGGGGCACAGGAGUAUUUUGGAAUAACUCCUGAUUUAACAACCUUAGGGAAGAUAAUUGGUGGUGGUCUGCCAGUUGGUGCAUAUGGAGGAAGGAGGGAGAUUAUGGAGAUGGUGGCACCAGCGGGACCAAUGUACCAGGCUGGGACAUUGAGUGGGAACCCAUUGGCAAUGACAGCCGGGAUACAGACCCUUAAGCGGUUGAAAGCGCCAGGAACAUAUGAAUACCUAGAUAGGAUCACCGGAGAUCUUGUAAAGGGCAUUUUAAAUGCUGGAAAGAAGACAGGACAUGCAAUUUGUGGAGAUCAUAUUAGAGGGAUGUUUGGGUUUUUCUUCAAAGAAGGGCCCGUUCACAACUUCGAUGAUGCAAAGAAGACUGAUGCGGCAAAAUUUGCCAGGUUUUACCAGGGAAUGCUGCAAGAAGGUGUUUACUUUGCACCUUCACAGUUCGAAGCUGGAUUUACAAGCUUGGCACAUUCUUCAGAAGACAUUGAGAAGACAAUUGCAGCCGCCGAGAAAGUUCUAAGCAAGGUUUAACGAGUCUGUUGCAGUGUCUUUAAUUGCAUUUUCACAGUUUGAAGAUGGAUUUACUACGCUGAAACAUUCUCCCAAAGACACCCAAAAGACAAAUUCUGUGGUCGAGAAAGUUCUUAGCAAGAUCUAAGGUUAGAUAUAACAGUAACUUUUAACGGUUGAAAUUCUUUGUCCUGCUCUUGUGGUCAUACUUUUCUGUUGCAUGAUUGAGCUUUUUUUCUAUCUAAUUAAGGCUAUUUAGUUGUUGUUUAUUGGAUAAAGAUUUGUAGUAAUCUCUUGUUUCUUAUAAUCUGUAUUUUUACUAAUAAACCAUAUGUAUCUUGGUAAUGUUUGAGUUGAUUUUCAGGCUU